AUGGAGCGGAGUGUGCAACCACGCACCGUGAAACUCGCGCUAGAGCGGCUGCAGGAGCUGGAAAAACAACUGAAAGACAAAGGAAUUUGUUUUGAAAAUGGUACUGUUCGACAUUUUGCAAAAAUUGUAGAAGGAGUUCAUGAGCUGGAAAAAGCCAGGAAGACCAUCCAUGAAAUACUUGAAGUGGAAACUAUUGAAGCCAGUAAACUACGGUACACACUUUCUAUACUUCCCAAUAAACUAAAACAGCAAAUAGCAGCUGCUGUUGCUGCUGCUCGAGAGUCGAAAAUAACACAUUUGAAUGAAAUGAAGGCCAAAAUCGAGAUGAUGACUCAACAAAUUAAAGAACUUGAAAAGGAAUACUGUCGGCUGGAGCAAGAAAAUGCUUCUCUGUGCCCUAUACAACAAGAGGCAGGAGCACGAUACAAUGACAUCAUAUUCCUAAUGAAUAAUGUGAUGGGAGAUCGAGCCAAUAAGCAAAUCACAUUGAAUGAAACGUAUGCUAACAUACAAGAUCUAAAACAGAAAAUUGUGGAUGAAACCAGAGAUAUUGCAGAUUUUAAAAAGAAAAUGGAUGAGAAAAGAAAUGAAUUUAAAACCACGAAGGAAUCUUUAAUGGCAAAACGUUCUGAAGUACACCAACUGCUUCAGGAACAGAACAAAAUAAAUUUUGAAAAGAGAAACAAACUUGAUGACUUAAAGAUGGAACUGGACAAGUUAAAUGAGAAUAUGUUGCUCCAGGAGGAGAAAGCAGCAAAAUUAAGAGCGGAGAAUACAGUUUUACUAGAGCAAGAAAGGUCUCUUCAACGUGAACACAAUGAAAAAUUGAAAACAAUUGAAGAUCUAAUUAAAAAGAAGGAGAAAAUUACUGAUGAAUUAAGUGCCCUCAUUGAAUACUAUAAAACAGAAAUUGAAAAGUUACGGACAACAUCUUUACAGGCUCAGCAGGACAUUGAUAAUGUCCAGGUUUUAAAUCAGGAACUGAUGGUCCGAAGGGAGUCCCGUAGUGAAGCAGCUAAGAAAGCAAAAGAACAUGAAACUGAAAAAAGGAAACAUUUGCAAAAUCUAACAGACCGGUUAGACUCAGUAAAAGAGGUGCUUCAACAGACUGAAGAAAAUUUGUCAAGUAUGAGGAAGGAAAUCCAAGAACUUGAAGAAAUGAGGCUGAACCUUGCAGAACAACACAAAGAUACAAUGGAAUUCCUGAGUAAAGAGUUGCAGAAAUAUUCACAAAAGUUAGAAAAAGAAAAAGAGUUAAGGGAAGCUACCAUACAUAAAAGAGAAGAAAUGUCAAGAGAAAUAUUAGACAUCAAAAGAACAACUGGGGCGUAUUUAACUAGUCAGGCUAGACGCUUACAGGACUUAACGAAGGAACAUGACAAACUAAUUGAAGAGAGUAAGAAUCUCCAGGAGAGAAUUAAUGAGUAUGCUGAAAAAAUUAAGACACUAAAACAACAACUUACAGCAGAAGAAGAUGCAUUCAGAAAUAAGGAACAGCUUCUGUCAAUAGAAAUUAACCACUUAAAAGAUGAAAUUAAAGAAACGAUGGAAAAAGUAAUGCAGGUGAAAAAGGAACUGGAAGUGAAAUUGCCCAUCAGACAGCAGCUGGAAACCGAACUCGCAGAAGAAACAGCAAUUUGUGAUGGAUUACAGAAAGAACUUAUUGACCUUAUUAGCAAGAAAUCUUCGCUUGAUAGCACCAUCAGUAAGUUAAAGAGGGAAACUGGUAUCCUUCUGGCAUCUAAGCCAGACCUACAAUCUCUGUUGACUUCAAUACGGAACAAUACCUUCCACCAAGUUAAAAGUACUGCUGAACAAUUGAAAAUGAUAGGAAUGGAUAUUUAUGAAGCAGAUAGGAGGCUUGAACUUACUGAGAUAGAAAACUGCAAACUGUGGCUGUGUAAUUUCCAGCUGACCAAAGAUAUUGCAAUACUCGAAGGAGGAGGAGAAAAGCAGAAAGCAAAGAAGGAGAUCCAGGAUAAUGAACUACUAACCAUCUAUGAUAAGCUUAUGAAAAACUGGGCAUUAGACUUUAAUGUUCAAAAGGAAUUUGCAACAUGUAAUCAAAGUGUUCUGAAUGGCAUAGAUAAACUGAUGAAUAAAAUACAGCUCAGGGAGAUGAAGCUUGGCAAUAUAGGCGAACAACUCAAGGAACAUUUAAGUAAAUUGCAAUCCUUUGUGGGAAGUACACCUUCUCUUGGAGCAAAAGAAGUAUGUAUGAUAAAACAAACCAUUCUCCAUCAGUGA